AUCAUGAAGAACACAAAUAUUAAAAACUGUCUCAUUGUCUUCUACAAAAAUGUCACUGUGAUAAUGAGGAGAACCCAUGUGACGCAAGAAGUCCUUACUUGAUAUUUAACUGCUGCAGUGUGUAACCUAUAUCCUCCAAGACUAGCUCCUUUAUAAGACACAGCAGCGAGGCUUCCCACAAGAGCAGAAGAAUCUCCUACCAGGUAUCAAUGCCCUCAGUAUAUUGUCUUCUCAUUCGUAUCAGUUCAAUUAAAACACACAUCAAAGAUGACUUCUUCUAAGAAACUCCUGAAACUGGUUAUAGCAGUAUGUUUUGUAUUUCUGACCAAGGGGUGUCCAGCUGCUGCUACAACUGUUCGGUGUCCUCCAAAUAGUGUGGUCAGCAGCAAAAGCCUCUGCUUCAAUACUUGUGACAAUCUCAAUGCUACAACUUGCAAUAAACCCCGUACUUCUCAGUGUCACUGUAUAGAAGGAUACGUCUUCCAGUCCGAAAAUUCCCAGGAAUGCGUCCCUGUGUCAUCCUGUAAGGUCACCUGCCCAGCAUACAUGACUUUCAGGGAAUGUUACAAGAUUCCCGUGGAGACCUGCAAUACCUUAGGAAUCCACCCUGUGCCAAGUGAAACAUGCACACCGCGUUGUGUGUGUAUCGAUGGAUACGUUCUGUCAAAUGAAGACAAUCCCCAAUGCAUUAACAAGAAAAAAUGUCCCCAACUGGCCCUCAAUUAGUAAAGCCACACUACAGAUGGAGCAGCCUGUAUUGUACAUGACCCAUCUAUCUUACUUAAUAGUCCUAAAUAAAAUCACAAUCUCAAUUAUUUAUUCCCUUCACGAAAGACAUGCAGUGCCCCAUAAUAAACGUAUACUAUAAUAUUA